GGUCAUCCUUGUCGUGGUUUUAUUAAAAGCACGCCGCAGAGAUUCAACGUCCAACAGCAGCGCCGAUGUCAACGGAAAGAUAAAACACUGAUGAAACCAAGCUUUGAAAGGGAUCAUGGAAGUUAUCGUCAUUUACAAGCGCGGUUUUUUUUUUAAGCUACUUGAUGAAUAUGAGGAUGUCGUUGGCUGGCGAUUAAUACAUCGGGAGACCGCUUACGGUGGGUUGCUGGCUCCUAUUCUUGGCAUUGGGUCGCAAUUCUUGGUCGUCGCGCUUACUCUUCUCGGAGCAUUAUUAUGCCAUCAGGUCCAUCCUGCCAAGCCGUCCUCGUUGCUUACUUGUGGCGUGACCAUUUUUCUGCUCACAGGCUUCAUCGGUGGUUUCUCGAGUGCCAGAAUAUACAAGACAUUCCGCGGCAAAUCAUGGUUAUUAAAUGCGUUUUUGACUGCCACGAUGGUGCCGGGCGGCAUAAUGGUUUUGAUCUCUGCCCUCAGUUUUAUGGCGUGGUCGCAGCAAUCAUCUUUAGCUAUUUCCUUCAACGGGUGGAUUAUGGUCGCGGUUUUAUGGAUGGCGGUACUGCUUCCAGGGAUUGUUAUGGGAUCACACACGGGCAACCAGCGGGACCCCAUUGAACAUCCAGUCAGACCUACCCAAAUGCCGCGUAUCAUUCCCGGAAAAAGAUGGUAUCAAACGUAUACAGCGAGACGAACUGUAUUGGUGUUCCCGAUACGUUAAUUGGCGUGUCUUUUAAUGGCCUUGUCCACCUCGAUGGUGACAGUGGUGCUGGUAUUUUUCCAGUUGUGUAGUGAGGACUAUCACUGGUGGCGGA